AUGGACGACACGCACGACGGCCUGCCGCCCAUCCUCGGCCUCGACGAUGUGCCGCCAGCCAGCGCUGCACCGCCGCGCCCGCGCGCGCCGGCCAGCGGCGACGGGCCCGUGCCGCUGCGCAUGCCCGCCAUCCUCGUCAACCCGCGCGUGCGGCACCUGGGCGGCGCAGCGGGCGCAGCGGCGCCGCCGCCGGUGCGUGCGGCGCCGGCGGGCAAGCGCAAGAAGGACCUGGGCCAGCGCAAGCUGCGCAGGGCCGAGAACGCGGUGCUCUUCGGCAACCCGCACGCCGUGCCGCCCCGGCCGCGCGACUACUCGCUGCUGCACCCGAACCCGCUGCGAGCGCCCAAGGCACCCUUGCCUGCCGCACUGCGACAGAUGCAGCGCGGCAGUGCGCCGUCUGGGCCGCCAGAGGGCUCCGCGACGGACGCAGCUGCGCUGGCGGCGCGGGCGGCGUCAUCGGCGUCGGGCCAGUUCCGCCUCUCGCUGCGCGAGGCACACUGGGUCCUCUCGCAGCGUCUUGGCUUGCAGCGCUCCUCGUCGCGCGCGCGCAACGUGGGCAAUAUGGAAGCCAGCGACGAGACGCUGCACCUCAGUGGCCUGGCUGGCAAUGCCGCGCACGCGCACGACGACCUCGGCCCUGCGCAGGCCCUCGUGCGCCGCGCCGAGCGCGAGCUCGUCGACUGGCUGCGCCAGGACGUGCAUGUCGGGCCGUCGAUGACGCGCGCCCGCAUCUUCGUCAACGCCGACUUUGAGGAGCUGCCGCAGGGCGGCGAAGAGGCGCAGGAGGCCAGCGACGACGAGCCGCCGCAGUUUGCAGAGAAGAUGCGCGCGCCGCACGCCGUUGUCUGGAUCAUCCCCGAUGCGUUUCUGCGGCUGGCGGUGCACUGCCUUGCGCGGAUACACGGCUGCCCGUCCUUCUCGAAGGACGCACCGCAGCGGCCAGGCUCCGGCGAGAGCGCGGCGGUGGUGCGCGAGACAUGGAUCCUACACCCGCGUCCGCUUGCCCGACCACGCGCCAGUGCCGCCGGGCUAGCGCACGCACCGGCAGGCGGGCUCGAGACGCCGCCGACGACCGACCUCGGCACGGACCUGAGCACGGACGCGGGCACGGACCUGGGCACCGACAGCGAGCUCUACUCUGCCUCGGAGGCCGGCGACGAUUGGGAGAGCGCGAGUAUAGAGGGCGACCGCACGGCACGGGAAGAGACGCCAGGACAGCACACACUUAGAGCGCUAGAAGAGGAAGACGACGACGGGCUGCUCAGCGAUGACGACGACUGGCAUGCCGAUCUCGACUCAGACAGCGCCAGCGUCGGCAGCGGCAGUCUGGCCGACAGCAUGGCCAGCCUCACGGUACCGGACGAGCCGUAG